AACUAGAAAUGUAUGGUUUUAGUAUCCAGUCAGACACGGACUUGUGGAGGAUUGGGAUCUUAUGGAGCGCUUCCUCAAGCAGUGUAUUUUCAAAUAUCUACGAGCUGAGCCAGAAGAUCACUACUUCCUGCUCACAGAGCCUCCUCUCAACACUCCUGAGAACCGAGAAUAUACUGCAGAGAUAAUGUUUGAAACAUUCAACGUGCCAGGACUGUACAUAGCCGUACAAGCCGUGCUAGCUCUGGCAGCUUCCUGGAUGUCCCGCUCUAUAGAGGAGCGGACUCUCACCGGCAUCGUGGUAGACAGUGGAGACGGAGUCACUCACGUCAUACCUGUGGCAGAGGGCUAUGUCAUUGGAAGUUGCAUCAAACAUAUUCCGAUUGCUGGACGCAACAUAACGUCUUUCAUCCAAUCGCUGCUGAGAGAGCGAGAAGUAGGCAUCCCUCCCGAGCAGAGUCUGGAAACUGCCAAGGCGAUCAAGGAGAGAUUCUGCUACAUUUGUCCAGAUAUUGCCAAAGAGUUCGCCAAGUACGAUUCAGAUCCUUCUAAAUCUAUCAAGAAAUAUGAAGGCAUCAAUGCAGUAACCAAAAAGCCAUUUUCAGUAGAUGUGGGAUAUGAGCGAUUUCUUGGACCGGAAAUCUUCUUCCAUCCUGAGUUCUCAAACCCAGACUUCACUCUGCCGAUAUCCGACAUAGUCGACAACGUCAUUCAGAAUUGUCCGAUUGAUGUCCGGCGGCCGUUGUACAACAACAUCGUUCUGUCCGGAGGUUCUACGAUGUUCCGAGACUUUGGACGGAGGCUCCAGAGAGACAUCAAACGGGUAGUUGAUGCUCGACUUCGGGACUCUGAAGCUCUCUCGGGAGGACACAUCAAGCCGAAGAAGAUUGAUGUUCAAGUGAUUUCCCACCACAUGCAACGCUACGCGGUUUGGUUUGGUGGAAGCAUGCUGGCCUCUACGCCUGAUUUCUACCAGGUCUGCCACACAAAGAAGAACUACGACGAGUACGGGCCGAGUAUAUGUCGUUACAACCCAGUAUUCGGUACUAUGACAUAAUUGCCAUUUCAAAAUUAUUUAUUAUGGGUUAUUUGAACUGUCAAAAGUUGAAGUACGUUACUUGAAGUACCUUAAUGUUUUUAAUGUGUUUUAAUGUAAGUUUCAUAAAUAGCUUACAACAUUCAACAUGCUUUGGAAACACAUGUUAGGUAAACUGUGUCACCUUGGUGUGAUUACUUUUUUAUCUAUUGUUAGGCUUGUUAUCAUUGAUAACAGAAGUUUUAGAUACAACUUGUUCACAAACUUGUAGUGUGUUAUCAUCUUCACUACUGCUCUAGUUGAAUUCUGGCAUUUUAUGAUCACUUUGAGGUUACAGCUGUUGCAUGUUUUGUAGCUAAUAUGAAUUUGAAAUACUAUUAACUCAUGGUAGAGGUUUAGCUCUAGUUUGAGCAUCAAUUUAACAUAUUCAAGAAAGAUAAAGUAUAAUGUUGUGAUUACUAUAGUUUUCAGUUUAAAAAAGCAAUAAAAAGCUCAAUUGCUACGUAGAAAUGAUCCCUUUGGAUAACUCAAAAGUGUAGAGUUGCAUCAUCUUAUCACAAUAAAUAUAAUUUAGAAGGAAAUGCCAUAAAAUGUUUCUCAGGCAGUUGAGUUGCUUUGAAAGUCUAUUAUAGCCUUAGACUUUAUAAAAUCAGUAAUUUCAAUUUUUUCAGUAUCUUUUUUUGCAUUCACUCUGCAGCAUCACAACAUUGUUAACCCUGAAACUGGUGGUCAAACUCCUGUCAUUGGCAGACUGCCUUAUAUUUAUUUUAUAAGUAUAAUAUAAAGUAAUUAUAUUAUAUACUAUUUUAUUCAGGAAUUUUCAAGGAAAAUUUUCCUUAUCAAUAAUAAGUAUAUUUGUAUUUUAAAUUUUGUCACUGCAUGCUUGCAAAAAAAUUAUUCAAAGUUUUUUUAUUUGUACAAAAGUUAUGAUUGGCAAUAUGAAAAAACAAAAUAUACAAAAGGUAGGUCAUUUAAGUUUGAGUAACCAAAAGUAGUAAAAGGUCUUUUUUUAACAUAUUAUGGUAAAAAAAAACAAGUACAAAAGGUUAAAUCGCCACUUGCCAAAAAAAUAUAACUUAAAUGUUCUCUUUUGAUACAUUUUUCUAUUGUAACUAGUUUUUAUAAACAAUUUCACUUUUAGCUUACAUAUAAUAGUACAAAUAAAUGUUACUAAAAUAAUAAAAGUUCUCAAAUAUCACUAAAGCGAUCAUGAAAGUUAUUAUCCAAUGUUGUAAUAAACUGUAAUAACCAAAACACACAUUCACAACACUUAAACAUGUAAUUACUACUCGUAAUUAAGAAACAGCAACUUCUGAUCGGUAGAAUAAAAACAACUGUAUGAACCAGUUAAUUUGUUGCAGUGUGCACAGCUGGUGCAUUCCGCGAAAAUGUAAGAAAUAUUUCCGAGAUUACAAAACAUAUAGAUUUGUAACGGAACAUAAAAAUGAUCUGAAAGUUUAUUAUUUGAGUAAAUUGUGGACAUUUCUCUUCCAGUAUUAACAUCAGUUUGUUUUGAGCAUAUUUCAAAGGCUUAAGAAAAAAACCAUAGGCCAUGUUAAAAAACCUAAUAUUGAGCACUGCCAUCUAGAAUGAAUUUAAACACCCAAUAUCGGGUUUUUGCCAGUUGUAGGGUUAAAUGUUUAUCAAAAUUAGCAAUAACUGAACUAUCCUGAAAUCUCUUGAGCAUUUUGGCUUGUCUAUGUUCAAUGGCUUACACUAUUUUGUUCAAGAUUCAAAACUUUACCAUAGUUAUAUGCCCAUUCCUAAUUUGGUUAUCAAUACAUGCUGUGAUAAAAACAUUGUGUUCUGUAGCUUAGAACCUUUUAGUUUCAGUUUAAUUUUAAGGUAUUUUAUUAAUUUUUAAGUUAUAUUAAUUAUUAUAAUCUGUAUUUACAUCAAAAUGCAUUAAACUCAUUAAGGUACUAAACACCUGUAUUAUGGAUACAUUCUAUGCCUGUAAAUAUAGUUAAUUUCUUUUCAGUUUAUUUGAGUUGUGAACUUUUAUUAUUGUAUAUUAUAUAUUUUAAGCUUUUAUACAUAUAAUUUUUGCAGAAGUAUUGUUGCAUAAUAGAUAAUAUUAAAUAACAUAUUGAAUGUUUUUUAAUAAAUUAUUAAAUUGUCA